AUGUUAGUGGUAAAAUUAAUUGUUUGUUUAUUAAUUCUUUACAAAUGUGGGUGUUCUCUUGUCAUCAAAUCAUGCAGCGAUUGUAAGCUGAUUCGCCAGUGUCCAAAUGUAAAGAAUAUACCUAAGGAGAAAAUCACAGAAAAAUUGACAAAUUCAUUUUGUGGACGUACAAUAGAUAAUGGAAAAAGAGCAAUUAAGAUUUGCUGCUCCGACUUCGCUGUACCUGAGAACCUAAAAUUGUUUUCGAGGCUUCUGCCUGAAUUACAAAUUAUUGAUGAUACUAAUUAUGAUACAAAUAACAUUGAUAAUCAUACAAAUAUAAAAUUACUUCCGGGCAAUUGUGGCCAAAAGCUUGAUGAUCGCAUUGUUGGAGGAAAUGAAACAGCUAUAUACGAAUUUCCUUGGAUGGCACUUAUCUAUCAUAAAGAUAAUAAUGGACACGUAAUAUUGGAUUGCGGAGGAUCCGUAAUUAGCUCUAGAUAUAUUUUGACUGCUGCCCACUGUGUCUUUGAUAAGACGAUCACGGGUGUACGUGUUGGUGAUUUUAACAUCCGAAAACAAACAUAUUGUCAAGGAGUAUAUCCGAAUUAUGUAUGCCAAUCAAAACCGCAGGAAUUGCGAGUUGAGAAAUCAAUAGUUCAUAAGGAAUACGGCAAGCACCCUAACUUGAUAAAUGAUAUCGCAUUACUUCGAGUUAACAAAUCGAUAGAUUUUUCCUUGAAAAAUGCCAAACCGAUUUGUUUGCCGGUAUGGAAAGAGAUUCGUAAUAUAAACCUCAGUGGAAAGGCUUCUAUAGUCGCAGGUUGGGGUCUUAUGGAUGGCGGAAAACGGUCAGAUAUACUUCAAAAAGUAACUAUACCUAUAAUGCCAGAAACCGAAUGUGUUAAUUACUUUGAAAGAGACUUAAACCCAAAGCAAAGUUCACAUAAGUCUUUUUGCGCUGGUGAAACAGGAAAAGAUGCCUGUAACGGCGAUUCUGGAGGUCCCCUUAUGAUAUUUGAUGAAUAUAAAGACAACUACCGUAUAAUUCAAUACGGCAUUGUGUCUUACGGCUCGAAAAUGUGCGGCUAUGAGGCGCCGGGAGUGUAUACUGAUGUUUCCAAAUAUAUGAAAUGGAUUUUAGACAAUAUUGAAGAA